AUGGCCAAUGUUAUAAGAUUAGCAAUCACCCCCAAAAAAGCUUUCUCACGAUUAGAGGCCUUAGAAUUAAUGCUGACACUGUUAACUCCUGCUCAACUAGCUGAAAAGACAGAGGAGGAUUUCAAACAGUAUGGCUCAAUUGAGAAAGCUUGUGGUUCAUUACUACCAUCGAGAGUUUAUGGAGUAGCAGUAGUUACUCACUUGUGCGUUCCUUUAUUGGAGGCAAAACUCAAUUACCUUGAUGGUAUUAGAGCAGCCAGUCAGCCAACUCAACAACAGAUUGCUACUACUGUCCAUAUUAUCUACAGACACUUGGUGUCAUCUUUGUUGCAACAUGAACAGCCUGACAGAGGUCUUAGAGAACGUCUGUGUCUUCUCACAGUGUUUGCCCUAAGUGUACGAUAUGAAGCUGCAGAUCUUAGCUUGGCUGUUUCAAGUGGUCUCCUGGAUGCCUUAGUUCGCAUGUGUUGCCCAUAUGACCCCCCAACCCUACGGCACACUCCCCACCCAUCACCAGCAGAUCUUCUCCCCCAUGCUACUCACACUUUAUUCCAGAUACUUACCAUUCUAACAGGGUAUUAUGCUGAAGAUAUCAGUGAGCUGGUUCUUGGACAAGUUAUGAAUUUGCUCUAUUUGCAAGUAGAAGAUCUUGCUAAGGAUAUUAUAAAAACACAUGAGGAAAUGUGGAAGAGUGGUUUGAAUGAGACCCAGUCCUCACAUGAUAAAAAACCUGAAAUUAUAGAUCCAAGAAAAAAGGAAGAGGAAUUUGAGUCAGAAGAACAAUUGGUGAAGGUUGAAGCAAUGAAAAGUAAAAAACCUGGACAAAGAAAGCUGGAAUUGAGACUUCCUGGGCUUAGUGGUAAUCAUUCUAAUAAUACUGGAGAUGCUAGGAAACGAAGACAUUUAGAAGUGACUUUAGGCAAUAUAUUAGUUUUUGUCCGUAGGCUUUGUGUUAAUGGAAGAGUCCGGGAAAUUGUGGGACGCCAGCCUUGGGUACGUCUUUUAUUGCUGGUGACAGGUGAACAGGCAGAAACACACCUUCCACAGGUGAUUAGUGUACGUACUAGAGUUUUAGCAUUAACUUUGCUGGGUGCAACGUUACCUCAUUCUGACCUUGACUUAGAAGCACGUGAACAAGUGGUAAGACAGCUUUUUAUGCAACUGGCAGCUAAUAUGUGGGUCAUUCCUUCAGCUCAAGCUCAUCUUAAAGCAAGUCAGUUGCUUACUGAACUUCAACGACACCUUGUCAGACUUUCAAGCCCAGAAAUCAGUGAUGAAUGGUCACGACCAGAUUCACCAGAUGAUAACUUACCUGUGCAAGAAAUAGGUUUUGACCCAGAUAAGUCUGUGUGCUGUUCUGUUGAAGGAGGUCAUACUCUGGUUCAUGGUCCAGGUGGCCGGGGUUAUGGCUUAGGGUCAACACCUAUCACCUCAGGGUGCUACCAGUGGAAGUUUUUGAUUGUUAAAGAGAAUCGAGGCAAUGAAGGUACAUGUGUUGGCGUUUCAAAGUAUCCUGUACGAGAUUAUAGUCACAGGACAUCAUCUGAUAUGUGGCUGUAUAGAGCUUAUUCUGGAAAUUUAUAUCAUAAUGGUGAGCUUAGUGUUUCUCUUCCUGGUUUCACACAGGGUGACUACAUAAUGGUUGUGCUUGAUAUGGAAGCCCGGACUCUCAGCUUUGGAAAAAAUGGGGAAGAACCCCGUCUUGCCUUUGAAAAUAUUGAAGCUGCUGAACUUUAUCCAUGUGUGAUGUUUUAUAGUACAAAUCCUGGUGAGAAGGUGAAGAUGGUAGACAUGCAAGUGCGUGGAUCUCCCCGAGAUCUUGAUCCCGGUGAUCCUUUCUGUGCACCGCAAGCUGCAGUUUUAGCAGAAGCUCAUAUCACACUGCUACGACAGCUGCAUGAAUCUUCCACUUGGACACAGCAAGUAAAUGAUUGCAUUAUAGAACGUCUCAAUCAAACUAAAGAAUUAAUUCCUCAACCAAAGGACAUUAGUCAUGAAAGUGCUGCUGACACUGCAUCAAAAACUGAGUCAGAUUCUGAAGAUGCUGCAUUUGAAUUCCAGUCUUGUGCAGAUGACAGUAGUGAUAGUAAUAUGAAGCCACUAAUUCCUCCAAGGGAAGAACUUGUUCUGACUUUAGAUGAAAGACUGGAGCAAGAGGAAAGACACAAAAAGAAGACUAGUUCGAGUUCUGACGAAGAUAACAGAAAUAUUCCCAGAGUGGGCACAGAAAACAAGCAAGGCCACAGUCCAGAUGUGAAAGCAAAUAUCACUAAAGGAAAAUCGGGUAAUCAGAAUCUUGUUCAUGAGAUGAACCUAGAACAAUUAUGUAAGGAGGUAUAUCCAGCUCUAGCUGUUAUUGGAGGAGUUGAUAGUGGCCUCCGUGUGGGUAGCCAGUGUAUUCAGAAGGGAAGUGGUCGAAGAGCAAUGGUUUUAGGAGCAUUGAGACAUGGACAUCCAACAGUAAAGGUCCAGUGGUGUGAUUGGGACACAAGUAUUAGUGAUGUACCUGUGUCCUCCUUGGAACCAGUUGAACCUGUACCUUUUGAUGUGUCAAAGAUGACUGGCAUCACCGCUCAAGUUAUCACACAGAUUAUGCGGUUAGCAGGACUAACACAGGAGGUUGAGUUCCCCAAAGUUGUUUAUAAUCACGAGACUGAUGAAUUGAAGAGUUCAUCAACUGGAAGCCUUAUAUCUCCACAUCUGCCCCAAUCUCACUUAGAGUCUAAAGCCAGCACCACAGCAAACUCUAAAGGCCCAUCACAUACCUCCAGCCCUCGAAAAGAUACAAUGUAUGUAAAAAUCUAA